AUGGCGGACCGACCAUCGUCGAGCUCUGUAUCGUCACUCAAAACGGCUAUUUCUUCCAUAAACGAAGUCCACAGUUCAGCAAGUACCCUCAACGAGGAUAUUCGAGAACUGCUUGAGCAAGUAGAGAUAGUAGAGAAACUACCCCAGUCAAUUAAUCUCGCACAAAUUGAUGGCUGGCGAUCGAGCGAUUUGCUAAUUGUUGAGGACUUCUUGAGAGAGGCUCAUCGAAUUGCAUCAAAUAAUGUUCUGAUCUCAUCAAACAUUCGAAUUGCCAUUCCUGCUGUACCAUACAAUGUGGAUUCAGCCAUAGCGAGACUAAUUUUUGACAUUAAAACCUUAGAUGCUCAAUGA